GCCGUCACCGCCUGCGAGAACAUGGCUGUGCCUCCCACAUAUGCUCAUCUUGGCAAGUCCGCCAGGGAUGUGUUCACCAAGGGCUACGGCUUUGGCUUAAUAAAACUUGAUUUGAAAACGAAAUCUGAGAAUGGAUUGGAAUUUACUAGCUCAGGUUCUGCCAACACGGAGACCACCAAAGUGAACCGCAGUCUGGAAACCAAGUACAGACGGACCGAGUAUGGGCUGACGUUUACUGAGAAGUGGAACUUGGGCACUGAGAUCACUGUGGAAGACCAGCUUGCUCAUGGACUGGAGCUGACCUUUGAUUCAUCUUUCUCGCCUAACACGGGGGGAAAAAAUGCUAAAAUCAAAACAGGGUACAAAAGGGAGCAUAUCAACCUGGGCUGUGAUGUGGACUUUGACAUUGCUAGGCCCUCAAUCUGGGGCGCUCUGGUGCUUGGCUAUGAAGGUUGGCUGGCUGGCUACCAGAUGAAUUUUGAGACCUUGAAGUCCCGAGUGACCCAGAACAAGUUUGCAGUUGGCUACAAGACGGACGAAUUCCAGCUUCAUACUAAUGCGAAUGAUGGGACGGAGUUUGGUGGCUCCAUUUACCAGAAGGUGAACAAGAAGUUGGAGACUGCGGUCAAUCUCGCCUGGACCACAGGAAACAGUAACACUCGCUUUGGAAUAGCAGCCAAGUAUCAGGUCGACCCUGAUGCCUGCUUUUCGGCCAAAGUGAACAACUCCAGUCUAAUUGGCUUAGGGUACACUCAGACCCUAAAACCAGGUAUCAAACUGACGCUGUCAGCCCUGUUGGAUGGCAAGAACGUCAAUGCGGGCAGCCACAAGCUUAGUUUAGGACUGGAAUUUCAAGCAUAAAUGAAUAUUGUACAAUCGUU